GCCAAAAAGCCUCUCUCCUCCACUCAGGCUGUGAAGUUGCUUUCUAGGAGCUCAGGAUGCAAAGGUGGACACUGUGGGCUGCAGCCUUCCUGACCCUCCACUCUGCACAGGCGUUUCCACAAACAGACAUCAAUAUCAGCCCAGCCCUGCCAGAGCUGCCCCUGCCUUCCCUGUGCCCCCUGUUCUGGAUGGAGUUCAAAGGUCACUGCUAUCGAUUCUUCCCUCUCAAUAAGACCUGGGCUGAGGCCGACCUCUACUGUUCUGAGUUCUCUGUAGGCAGGAAGUCCGCCAAGCUGGCCUCCAUCCACAGCUGGGAGGAGAAUGUCUUUGUGUACGACCUCGUGAACAGCUGUGUUCCCGGCAUCCCAGCUGACGUCUGGACAGGCCUUCAUGAUCACAGACAGGAAGGGCAGUUUGAAUGGACUGACGGCUCAUCCUAUGACUACAGCUACUGGGAUGGCAGCCAGCCAGAUGAUGGCGUCCACGCGGACCCAGAAGAAGAGGACUGCGUGCAGAUAUGGUACAGGCCUACCAGUGCUCUGAGGUCAUGGAAUGAUAACACCUGCAGCCGGAAGUUCCCCUUUGUCUGCAAAAUCCCAUCUCUGACCAUUCAUUGAUCCUGUCUUGUCCUACUGGUGUGAGCUCAACUCUAGUAUCAUCUUGUAGCUGUACCCAGUGUAGAAUUGACAUUGAAUACAUGUAAAACAUACAUAGGAAGUAAAUCUCUUGGACAGAGAUUUUAAACAAGCAGAUCUUAAUUAUACAGGGUGGUCACUUGGCCAAGUGUCAGGAAAGCCAGCUCAAAUUGGCUUAAUUUUUUAAAGUGUUUUUUUUUUUAAUUGACCCAAAUAACAAAAAUCCAGGGGUUGUUCUGAUUCAGAGUUGAAUCUCACUGGCCUGGCUUGGGUCACAUGCCCAUCCCUGAA